UGUUCUCACGGUAUAGGCUACUUGUGUGUGUUCUGUCUCGUCAACAAAAAUGGUGAUUUGCUGUCUGAACAACGCCUUCGUCUCUCUCUCUCUUCUGAAUCUACUUUCUCGCUCCAAAAGUAGUUUUUAAACAAAAGAGAGAAGGAGAGAGACAUCAAAUCCACUCAGAAGCAACUAAAGAACAAAAAGGUUGUUCAGACAGUAACACCACCAUUUGUUAAAAGAGUUUGGAGGGGGGAGAAGAGUGAAGAAGACCAGAUAAAACACCGCCAUUGUUAGGGCUUUUUUUAAGAAGCCAAUAAUAGACAGCAGAGAAAGAGACAUUGUUGAUAGCGAAUUUGAAUCGGAAAGAGACCCCCCAAGAUCUCUUCUUUUUUUCCUUCCUUGUACUACCCUCAGGGGAGGACUUGGUGAUUUUUUUAUUGGCGAAAGAGGGAGAAGAUGAGACCAUCAAUACCUCUUGACUAUGCUCUCUUCCAACUCUCUCCAAAGCGCUCAAGAUGUGAAUUGUUUGUCUCUACUGCGGGGAGUACUGAGAAGAUUGUUUCUGGACUGGUGAAACCUUUUGUUGCUCAUUUGAAAGUCGCUGAAGAGCAGGUGGCCAGGGAAGCUCAGUCUAUAAGGUUACAAGUUGAGAGCAGUAAAAAUGCUGGAACUUGGUUUACUAAAGCGACGCUCGAGAGGUUUGUACGCUUUGUUAGUACCCCAGAGGUUCUUGAAUUGGUUAGCGCUUUGGAUGAGGAAAUGUCUCAGUUAGAGGCUGCCCGGAAAAUAUACGGCGAGGGGACUGGUGAUCACCGACCUGGUGCAAAAGAUGGCACAGAAACUACACCAGCGGCUGAUGUGACAAAGAAGGAGCUACUGAGAGCUAUUGAUUUACGGCUUGCAGCAGUUAGACAGGACUUGGAAACGGCUUGUAAUCGUGCUUCUGCUGCUGGUUUCAACCCAGUCACUGUCCCCGAACUUACUCAAUUUGCUGAUCGAUUUGGAGCCAGUCGCUUGAAUGACGCAUGCACCAAGUUUAUAGCAGUUUGCCAGAGAAGACCAGAGCUUAUGAGCUCUUGGAGGUUCAAUCGGGAACAAGAAGCUAUACGUUCGUCAUGGGAAUCUGAUAUGUCAAUUGAUGAUCCCAGUGAAGACCCAUCCAAAAACCUGGGAACUGGUAUGGAAGAGAAAAGUGUAAAAGCAACCAGAUACUCCCAACAAGAAGCAAAGGUGAUGCCAGAAAGUAGUCAUGGUGAAAAGGAUGAAGAAGAGGAAAAAACUCCUGUGCAAAAUGAGCCAUUAGCAAGUCAAACUAGGCAACUAACGAGACGGCUCAGUGUGCAGGAGAGGAUCAACCUAUUUGAAAACAAGCAGAAAGAAAACUCUGGAGGGAAACCAGCUGUGGUGGUGAAACCCACUGAUCUGAAAAGGCUCUCUUCUGAUUUAUCAUCUUCUGCAGGCGUGGAAAAAGCUGUGGUACGGAGAUGGAGUGGUGCUAGUGACAUGAGCAUUGAUUUGGGAAAUGAUAGGAAGGAUGGGGCUGGUGAUAGUCCCUCGUUGUCAUCAGUGUCCAAAGAUGGAAGUGGUAUAUCUUCAAAACAAUCUGUUGGAUGCAAUAAGAGAGAACAGAACGGAUUGAGUCAUGUUGAGAAUCCUCAUAGGAAUGAAGAUGAAUGUAGUUCAACCAAUUUAAGGAAAGACAAAGAGGUAGACUUGAAGGUGCCAUUGAGCACGGAAAGGCAAGUGGGACACAUAGAUGAUGAGUCCAAUAACAAAAUUGGCGGUUUUGAAUCAGAUAAGCAGGAUCAAAUACAGACUAGGGAUCCUCGGAGUCAUUCAUUGUCUACACUACAGCAGUUAAGUGGUAAUGAAUCUAGUCUCACUAGUGUUCGGAGCAAUGGAGGAACUGCGGAGUCUCCAAGGAGAGAACCUUCAGCAACUAGGCAAUCACCACCAGUAGAGGAUCGCCAGAGAAAGACACAAGUCUGUGGAGGUACUGAACAGAUGAGAAGACCACAUGGUAGAAGGGCUGAAACUGGUUCUGCCGAUGUAAAUAAAAAGCCACCUUCAGCCAUUAAUAUUAGUGUGUCAGACAUCUCAGAGAGUGAUACUUUGAACCAAAUGUCCAGUGCAGAGCUAGUUCAAAGGGCUAGAGCCUCUAAGGGAAGUCAAGAGCUGAAUGAUGAAUUGAAAGUGAAAGCAAACGAGCUUGAAAAGCUAUUUGCUGAACACAUGCUCCGUGUCCCCGGGGAUCAAUCCAGUUCUGUCCGUAGAGGCAAGCCUGUAAAGCCUAGUGAACAAGCUGUGACGUCACAGCUCAGAAGACCUGUAGCAGAGGAUCUAAUCACAAGUUCAAAUGAUGAAGACAAGUUCAAAACUCCACCAACUGUGAAGGCGGUUGCUAACAGUGACUAUGGAGAUACCACAAGGCAAAAAUUUCCAGAAAUCAGCUUUUCAGAUAGCUCUAGAGGAAAGUUCUAUGAGGAGUAUAUGCAGAAGAGAGACGCGAAGCUGAAGGAAGACUGGAGUUCAAGAAGGAGCGAGAAGGAAGCCAAGUUGAAGAUGAUGCAAGAUAUACUUGAUCGCAGUAACGCUGAGAUGAAAACUAAAUUUUCUCAGUCUACUGCAAGACGUGACUCAGAUGCUCGACGUGCAGAGAAGCUUGUGUACUUCAAUUCUAGGCUGAGUGCUAGAAAGGAUCAGCAUCCAAUUAGCUCAUUCCAGAGUGAAGAAGAGGAAGAUGUUUCCAGGAGCACACAGAAUAAGAAGCUACAACAAACCAAAAACAGUUCUCGAACCAUUACUACAUCAGCUUCACGCUCUGCAGCCAAAGUUUCUACACCCAGUUCUGCUAGGCGGAGAGGACAAGACAAGCUUCUUGCACAGUCAGUCCCUAACUUCGCCGAGUUCAAGAAGGAAGGCAUGAAGCAACCAGCCUCGGUAGUUGGGAGAAAUGGCGUCCGCUCACAGGCGAGAAGCUCUGCGAGACCGAAGGCUGUAAUAACUGAAGAAGAGAAGCUGAGAAGGCCGACAAAUUUCAGAAAAGUUGCUGCUGAAGCUGCUGCUCCAGAGGAUGAUGGUGUUUCUGUACCUUUGAGUCUUGAGCAAGAGCAUAGCGGGAGAAAGGCUUCAGAAGGAUCCGAUGCAUCAGACGAAAUGGAGAAAGAAGAGGUGGAAGAUGUGCUUGGUGAUGACACAGAAGCCGAAGCUUUUACUGACGCAGAAAACGAGAAAUCAAGACUUAGUCAAGACUUUGAAGAUGGUGAAUCUAUAGCUUCUCAGCUUGACCCUGGUUCAAACGCUGAGUUACCUGCUGUUAUAGCUUCUAGGCAUCAUCACCAAACCAUCGGUUCGUUUCUGGAUGCACGAGUGAAGCAGCAUCAGUAUCAAAACGAGGCAUCUGAGCUUGAUGCUUCAGUGGACUCACCAGUGGACAGUCCUACUUUCUGGAGCCUUAGCCACACAGAGAAUGAUACAACUCAAAUGAGAAAGAAAUGGGGAGCUGCUGAGAAUAAACAAGAUGUGACGAAAGGGUUGAAAAGGCUUUUGAACUUUGGAAGGAAGAACCGUGCGGCUGAGAAUUUGGCUGACUGGAUAUCUGCUACGACCUCUGAAGGGGAUGAUGAUACUGAAGAUGGACGUGAUCUUGCGUAUAGAUCAUCAGAAGACUUGAGAAAAUCGAGAUUCUUACAAACUCAGCCCUCUGAUGAUAGUUUCAACGAGAGUGAGCUAUUCAAUGAACAAGCCCGAACCACUAGCGCACCAUUGAGCUUUAAACUGAAGGAAGAUCAGAUGUCUGGAGCUUCUGUAAAAGCACCAAGGUCAUUCUUUUCACUCUCCAAUUUUCGUAGCAAAGGGAAAUGAUUUCGAAACCAAAGGUUCAUAGGAUCCAAGCGAAUGAAAAGAUAAAAGGAUUCUACAUGCUUCUUUGUUUCCUGGUCAAUGUAUCAUUGAGAAUAGUUUCUCUUGUAUUCAAUAUCAUCCUCUGUAUACUCUGUGAUAGUGGUUUUGAGCCUACUACAUUUGUAAAUUGUAUCAAACCUGAAAACAUGUCCUUAUCGGUUUGGUAUCAA